GUUUGAACCUCGACCAGAGCUAAAGUGUUGUCCUCGCGUCCUGCGACAAGCCGUCGAAAUUUCAGUUUGAAUUUUAGAAGCUUGUAGCUUUAGAAGCAGCAGAACCGGACGCUCUCUAUAUUAGAAUGGAAUAGUCUUUUAUUGUAGUCGUCGUUGACGAAUCUGUGUGUCAAAAGUGUCAGCCAGGAAGUAGUCCGGAAAAAAAUUAUGUCCCGUUGAAUAUAAUGGCAGUCGGAAGUAAAGUCAUUCAGGAAAAGUGAUGCAAUAGUGGCUUUCAGGGCCGCCAGUUCAUUAUCCACUAUCGAAGCAACGCCUACUACUAGGGUAGUUAGAACUUUGAAGCUUUGAUCCUUCGUUUCAAUUAUUGUGCAAUGAGUAGUGAUUGACUAGAUCCGGAUUCAGUCUAAAAUAGUUAUACGUUUUGUGUAAAAAAAGUCAUUGCAAAUUUGCAAUUUUUAAACGCCAGCACCCAACAACAGUGUUACUAAUAAUCGCAUUUUGAAGAAAAGUAUGUACCCUAUACUCGGACAGCGUCUCCCAUCGACAAACAAACCAAAGCCAGUGUCCCCACAGAGCCAGUAAUAAUUACACCUAUUGAAAAGAAGAAAAAUUUUUGUUUACGAUGAAAAGCUGAGCCGAGGCUACUACUAUAAACAAACGGUUAGCUUGUGUGCACAAACAGUAUUCAAAUAGCACGAACGACGCAAAAAAGUGGGAGAGAACGACGUCCAGACGCAAGAGAAGUUAACAUCUUGCUCAAUCGAACGCAGCUGCGAAGUUUACGCUGGCGAAGCUCAGUAAAAUUGUAUCAGCAGUUAGUAAACGAAGGAAGCGCUGAACGCAAACGCGAAUAAUUUAAUCUGAAGAACUGCUGGUGAUCCUGCUAAAGCCUACUAUGCGAUAGUGAGAAACGCAAAUCACUCGGAAGAGAAGUAGGCUAGUGGAGAAGAGAGUGACGAACGAAUGAUGGUCAGUCGGAGGUGAAAGUUGAUAAAUAAUCCAACAAACAUCUGUGAUAUAGUGUAGAUAUUAUUUUAAUUUAUUUUAUAAAAAUAUAUAAUAUACAACACACAUCGCAACCACCACCACCACCAUCAUUAUCAUCGGGACGACGAGCAGUAUCCGCCCACGGAAAUCAUCAUUCGAAGAGUUCAAAUUUAUCGUAAUCUUUCAUAUACAAAUGGACGGCGGCUUGUAACUUGAUUCCAAAGAUAUUUUCCUACUAGCAGUUAUUUGUAACAACAAAAUCGUUGCCAUCUCCAAUAAACAAACAAUCUAAAAAUACAUUAGGAAAAAAAGGCCAUUAUCCUAGCCCCGAGCAGAAACAGUCAAUCGUGUGACCUGCGUCUUAACGGUCAAAUCGUUCGGAACCGAAGCCAGCAACAAACGUAACUCGGAAAAUCUCGCACCCGCAGCCAGAGAGUCUCGACACGAAUCCGUGUGACAACGGUGACAACAAACAAACACAACCCAUUGUUGUUGUUGCUGGUGUUGUUAUAAUCACAAACAGACCCAAACAAGCAGUGGAAGUAUCAUACCCACCCAGCUGAAGAAGCGACCAGGGCAUGAAACAAGCGAAACAACACAUCAGGGAAGAAAGCUGCGCGUCGUCGUCGUACAUCAGCUGAGUGUAGCAACUGCACCACUACCAACGCCGAACUGCGGUGUGUUCGUGCGAGUCUGCCACACGACGCACACUCGCUCACAUUCCGUGACAGAGUGAGAGGAGGUACUAGAUCGGUGGACCCCCGAGCACCGUGAAUCUCUACUGGGCCGUCAUUGUAGAAUCUAAUAUCGAAUCGAAUAGUUCUUUGUUACUGAUAUUGGGGUGGUGAAGCAAAAGUGAGAGCCACAAUCACGGAAGCAUCCGGGUACUAGGCCAGCCCUCAGUAUGUCUGUCCCUGUACGCUGCUAUUCUGUCGAUACUAUGAACAAUAACAUCGACCAGCAAGAGCACGUCGGCAUCGGCUGCAGUGGCAACGCCUGUAUGGAUGACGACGAGCCGAUGAUGCUGCGCAAGGUUCAUGUAUCAGAGGAGAUGCAACAUAAUCAGCGGAUGUUGUUAGAGGGCCGGCUUGGGACACCGGAUGCUGCUGAUGCAGUUCUUAUGGAGUCGCAGGAGGACGAUCAGGCAACGGGCGCCAGCUACAGCCUGACGGCCGAAGCGACCACCAGCAAUGGCAGCCACCUCGCCGGAGGUGGCCCACAAGACUUGGCAGGAGCCAAGUCGCUAUCCCCACAGAAACAGUCACAUUCGACAGCGCCCCUGCAGCAGCAGCAACAGCCCCAAGCUCCGCAGCAGCCAGCCAUGUCGUUCGAGCAGAUGAUGGCCAAGCUGAGUGAACUACUUGCCUUGGAACCUAAGUACCAGCCGAACCUCUACCUGCCACAGCAGUCAUGUAAUGGCGAGAUCACCAUCGAUACGCGUGAUGGGGCGGCGCACGUGCUGCGUUGCCUCAAGGUCUGGUACGAACUGCCGAACGAUGUCCUGUUCGCGGCCAUUAACUUGGUCGACCGCUUCCUGACCAAAAUGAAGGUCCGUCCGAAGCACAUGGCCUGCAUUUCGGUCAGCUCAUUCCAUCUGGCAGUGCAGCAGCUCAACCUGCCGCAGAUUGACACCGAAGAUUUGGUCGCUAUCUCACAGUGUCGUUGCACGUCACGUGACCUAGUGCGCAUGGCGGACAUUGUUGCCAACAAACUUGGUGUCCAGAUGAGCAGCGCUCCGGUGACGGCCCUCGGUUUCAUCCGGCUGUUCUACUACAUCUUCGAGAACGCCGCCAAUGCGCUUGGGUUGACGGACAUCUUCUCGUCGGCCGUCUCGCUGGCCGACCUGGAAAUGCGGCUGGAGAUUUUGGCCUGCGACGCCAGUUGCGCCAGCAUCCGCCCUUCGGAGUUGGCCCUGGUCAUGAUCUUCACCCAGAUGGAUGCCCACGUCAGCGCGAACAAGGAGCACGGGCUGUACAACCAGCAGAUCCACGAUCUGGUGGACUACGCCAUCCAGCUGCAAAAGUUUUGUCGGAUCCCCGACAGGAGCUUCUUCUACAGUCACAGUAUUGUCGCCAAGAUACUGUCGCAGUACAACGGCCAGCACAAGAUGCCGUACAAGCAGCGACUGGUCUGGAAAUUGUCGUCCCGCACGAUGAAGGUGCUGCGUCCAACGGACAAGCUCACCUCGUAUCUGCCCACCAUCGCAGAACAUCACGCUCACAACAGUCACGUUAACAAUAGUAACCUUAGAUUUAGAACCGGUAGCGUCAGCUCCGAAGAUGACGGCGAAGAUUGGCCCACAUCACCCAUUGUAGCAGUUUGUGAACAGUUUGACGAGUAGAAGAUCCCCCCGCGUAUAAGACACAGACAAACAGACAUUCGCGACACUACGCGCGCGGGUGUUCUGUUAGUUUUCUUCGGAGUGAUCGUUCCGAGAUCGUACAGACAGACAGUGAGUGGCGUCAUUUUCAAAUCCGUGUAAUUAUGAGGAAAAAAUCUAUACCCAUAGGAAAAUUAUUAUUGUUUUGUCCUGGAAACCCAAGUACUACAAAUCGUGACUAGUAAAAGUGUUUACAAUUUGAGCGUUGAUUAAAGAAAACGAAUUCCCCCCGCGGACGGGUCGGUGAAAGAACAGAAACUGUGUAGUACGGUGUUUCUUUUCUGAAAGAAGACAUUUUCUUUUCGGGAGAAGUGAACGAACCGUCGGAGGAACUCUUGAGUGUGACUGUAGAAGAUCGAAGAAGAAGCGAAUAGAGCAGCAAACUUAUUCGCGUUUCAGUGGUCUGGUGUGGUGAGCCUUGUUGCAGAGAGGGUGGCGAGUUAUCAACAACAUCAGAGUCGGAUGUGUUUAGUGUGGUGUGUCAAGUAUUCUGCAUUCCAGUCUGGUCUACAAUAACGUCAACAUCAUUGUCUGCAGAAUAUAGGCGGAACUUGCAAGAAAGAUCCGUGUGUGUAUGCUGGAUUCUCAAAGGAGAAUCACUAACAUUACAUCAACAAAAAUACAAAAAAAAAACAUCAAAAAAUACCUAAAAUACAUAAAAACGCACACCCUUGUGAAGGCGAACAGAAACGUCGGUGGCGCUGUUGGAACCUGGAGAUUUGACUAUCAGAGAGAGGAACGAACAGAGCAAUAGUUUGACCUACCAUCACUGUGUGGCAGUGUGACAACGUUCUUCGCAUCAAACGUCGAAGCUUUUCCGGGGAUUGGCCGCCAUUGGACGCCUUUUUGUCGACAGAGGCGUGUUUGCUAGUAAGAUUAUAUUUUACUUUUUUGAUUUUAAACUAGAUCUAAUUAAAUACACAGAUUUAAUUAAUCUAAGCUGAAAAAGGUUGAAGCAAAAUCCAAAAACAAAAAAAAACAACAACAAAAAUCUUGGAAAAAUUCAAAACAAAAAGAACGAAUCAGAAAGAAAAAAGCAUAAAAGAAAAUCAAAAAAAGUACAAAAUAUACAAAAGGUAAAAAAAUCUAGGAAAUAGGUGUUUAAAACGUAAAACAAACCUAAGCAGAGAGAAGGUGAAGAUCCAGGAAAAGAACGAGAAUUAUUCUAGAAGGUUUAACAACAGACUAACAGACUUGACACUGAAAAAAUCUCACAAGAAAACGAAAUCGAGAAUCGUGACAGCAAACAGCAGAAGUUUAUCACAAAAAGCCAGUACUAAUUGUGUUAUUAGAUUUUUACGCAUCAAAAGCAAACAAAACCAACGUUAUUAUAAUAAACAAACUACGGAAAGUGUAAGCUUGUGUGAUUUUGUAGUGAAUUUCUCUCAUUUUCUUCUUAUAAACAGAAAAAGUAGCCCACUUCUAGAUCCCAAACGUGUAACAAAUCAAGUAAAAACAGUAAGUUUCCAAUAAUCAAGCGCAUAAAAAGAAUCAAGUCGGAGUUUGUAUCCCAAAUUACGAACUCGAUCCGACUGAUACUAAACAUUAUCAAGCAUAAAUAAAACAGAAAAAAAUCAAACCAAAAAAAGGAAGUCAUUUCAAUCAGUGUAGUAGUGAAAAUUGUCUAAUCGCUUUCUAUUGAACAAUACGAGCAGGAAAUCGAUUCCAACAGCUAAUAGCACAGUUUAUUAUUACACAUAAGAAGAGGAAAAAAAGUAGAGAAUUGAACUGCAAAAAUAGUUAAUUGAAAUCCGAUUUAAACAGAAAAACAAAGAUUAAUCAGAAUUCAGCAAAGCCCACAACGCGCGCUUGUUUGUGUUUCGACGUCGUCGUGCAGUAGUAAUAGUUGUGAGAUAAGAAACCAGAGGCCAAGUCGCCAACAUCUUCAAGCAAAAACAAAACGAAACAGAGAAAAAUCUCUUUUUCCACGUUUCACUUGUUCGUACAAUCCGAACAGUGAGUGGAAAUACAAAACAAGAACAAAUCGAACAAUGACGACGAAUGUCGCCUUAGAAGCCCAGGUGGAGGAGGUGGAAACCGCGCCCGAAAAAGGCGUUGUACCGGUGACCGGGUGCAGCAAUGCCGUCCUCCGUCAUCGAUGGGCUUCGCAUGGAAACAACAACCGAAAGAAGAAGAAGAAGCGUCCAACUUCGUAACGACGGCGGGGAUGAGAUGGUGGGAUUUUCAAUUCUCUGCAGCGUGGCGUGUGCGUUCGAUCCGGAAGCAAAACCUACUGUUCUACUGUUUUUUCACUGUUGUCUGAUCUCGAAUACUUCCGCGUUCGAACCCCCGGGCUAAAAGAUGCGAAAACCCCGUUAUCCCAUCCCCACUGAGUCGUAUAAAAAAUAAAAACAAAAAAACCAAUUUAGUAAAAUGAAACAGAUCUUGUCUCUGAAAGUAUAAAAAAUGAAAAAGUAAACAAGAAGGCAAACUGAAGAAUAUAGUAUUUUAACUAUUAAAUAUUAAUUUAUAAAGCAAAGUUAUUGUGAUUCGAUUAAUUUAAAACAAAAAAUGAAGUCCCGUUUCAAGGGCGAAAUGAGAGCGAGAAAAGCAAGCUUUACAUAAAAGAAAGAGAUUGCUGGAAACAAAAAGUAAGAGAACUCUGGUUAUCUUUUUUGUGUAACACAGUCCGUUAUUUUUUUUAGAAAGAGCAAAACAAGGCAAGCACUAUUAUUCAUUAAUAUUUGUGUACCUACCUUUCUCGUUUAUAUUUUUGUAAAUUAUUUUCCUGUUUUUAAACAAAUUAUUUAUUUAUGAAACAAAGAAAAAAAGUAAAAACCAAGUGCAAACACAAACUAAAAGUGAAAGAGACACUUACUAGAAAAGUGACUAAGCGCAGAGUCCGCUGAGCGAAUCUGAAAAAAAGAGAGAGAAUAGAAGAAAGCAACUGAGAAUAAACCGAAAAAGAGAUUUUUUAUCCACCAUUAAUUCCAUCGCGCAUGUGUGUUAGUUUUGUUUUCGGGACAAAUAAAAAAUGCACUUACCCGAAAAAGAAAACUCAUCAAAACAAGCAAGAAAAGUAAGAAGCACUUCAUAAUUCUCGUUCGCAUAGUUUUUAUUUUUUGUCGUAAAAUCGUGUAAUCGUACUUCCAAAACAAAAAAAAAAUACAAAUCUUUUUUAUAUAUACUUA